CAAAAAAGUUCAAGCUCGAGCCGAGCCUGGACAAUGUAAGAAGAGUUCGAGCCAAGCUUGAUCAAUACUGCGUUGGGCUGCUUAGGUGCCCCCACAACCAAAUAUCUGGUCAGUGAAGUAUUACCACAGAGAGUAACCCAAUCCAAAUAAUCCAAUCCAUACAUAUCUCCAUUCCUCCCCUCCUAUGUCGUCCUCUGCUCUACCUCUGCCACUCUCAUCCUCCUCCUCCUCCAUAACCCACACUACUAGUAAUCACAGCCACCACCAUGGUUACUCAUCCUCCUCCUCAUCAAACCUCUCAUUUCAAAGACAAACCCAAACACCACAUACCAAACAAUUAUCCUCACACAAACCGUAUUCUUCCCCAUCCGACCCACCAACCCACCAACCCAGAAAAACCAUCCGGUACCGUCUCAGCCAGCUCUGCCACCAGGGCCAACCCCACCUCGCCCGCCAACUGUUCGACGCAAUUCCCCAACCGAAAACCGUGCUCUGGAACACAAUCAUCAUUGGGUUUAUUUGCAAUGGCAUGCCAGAUGAAGCCCUGAGGUUCUACUCCCGAAUGGUGUCAACUCCAAGUAAUGCCUUUUGUGAUUUCUACACUUACUCUGCAGUCCUCAAGGCUUGUGCUGAUGCUCGGCAACUUAGCAUUGGUAAAGCUGUUCACUGCCAUGUUUUGCGUUCUCGUUUAGAGAGCCGUAGUAGGAUUGUAUAUAAUUCUCUGUUGAACAUGUACUGUACUUGUUUGAGCUCAGCCAAUGACGAAAAGGGUUAUGUUGAUGAUUUGGUGUGUCGAGUGUUUGGUUCUAUGCGUAGACGAGAUGUGAUUGCUUGGAAUACUAUGAUUUCUUGGUACGUAAAAACAGAGAGAUUUGAAGAGGCAUUUAGGAAUUUUUGGAUGAUGAUGAAAAUUGGAAUAAAAGUGACUGUUGUGAGUUUUGUCAAUGUUUUUCCGGCCGUUUCGAGGAUGGGGAGCGUUAGGAGAGCAGAUUUGCUCUACGGUUUCCUUCUUAAAUUGGGAAGCAAGUAUGCUAAUGAUCCGUUUGCGUUGAGUUCGGUAAUUUUCAUGUAUGCUGACCUUGGUUGCCUUGAUCUUGCUAGGAAUGUUUUUGACCAGAGUUUGGAGAGAAAUACAGAGGUUUGGAACACCAUGAUUGGUGGAUAUGUUCAGAAAAAUAAUCCAGUUGAAGCAAUUAAUCUUUUCCUUAAAGCUUUGGCGUCAGAACAAACUAUUCUUGAUGAAGUUACUUUUCUCUCAGCAUUAACUGCAGCUUCACAGUUGCAGCGGUUGGACUUUGCUCAACAGCUUCAUGCAUAUUUAAUGAAGAAUUCAGCGGUAUCACAUAUCAUGAUACUGAACGCAUUGAUUGCCUUGUAUUCAAGGUGCAAUUUGGUUGAUAUAUCCUUUCAAAUUUUCAGUAGAAUGUGCAAAAGAGAUGCUGUUUCUUGGAAUACCAUGGUUUCUGCUUUUGUGCAGAAUGGGUUGGACGAUGAGGGGUUGAUGCUUGUGCACGAGAUGCAACAGCAAGGGUUCACGAUUGAUUCUGUAGCUGUAACUGCUCAACUUUCAGCAGCAUCAAAUCUCAGGAACCUGGAAAUUGGGAAGCAAACCCAUGCUUAUAUUCUCAGGCAUGCCAUUGAAUUUGAAGGAAUGGAAAGUUAUUUGAUAGAUAUGUAUGCUAAAUCAGGUCUGAUUAAAUCUGCACAAGGAUUGUUUGAAAUGUGCUCCACAUAUGGUAAAGAUCAAGCUACAUGGAAUGCUAUGAUUGCUGGGAAUACCCAGAAUGGACAAAUUGAGCAGGCUUUCACCACCUUUAGGCAGAUGUUCGAGCAAAAUAUAGUACCUAAUGCAGUAACCAUAGCAUCGAUUCUUCCUGCCUGCCAGUCAGUGGGAAUUGUGUCUCUAGGCAAGCAACUCCAUGGCUUUGCCAUUCGCAACUGUUUGGACCAUAAUGUCUUUGUGGGCUCUGCUCUCAUAGACAUGUACUCAAAAUCAGGUGCAAUCAUUUAUGCUGAAAAUGUGUUUUUCAUAUCCCCUGAAAAGAAUUCUGUUACAUACACCAGCAUGAUAUUGGGGUACGGUCAACAUGGUUUUGGCGAGAAAGCUCUUUCACUAUUCUACUCUAUGAAGGAAUCUGAUGUUAGACCUGAUGGUGUUACCUUAGUAGCUAUCUUGUCAGCUUGCAGUUAUUCUGGGUGUGUUGAUGAAGGCCUUCAAAUAUUUGAGUCAAUGGAGAGAGAAUAUGGAAUUCGACCUUCAUGUGAGCACCAUUGUUGCAUCACAGACAUGUUAGGGAGAGUUGGGAGGGUGGUGGAAGCUUAUGAGUUUGUCAAAGAAUUGGGUGAAGAAGGUAAUAACUUCAGAAUUUUAGGAUCCCUUCUCGCGGCUUGCAGAAAUCAUGGAGAGUUUGAAUUAGGAAAAAAUGUUGCAAAUAAGUUGCUUCAAAUGGAGAGGGGAAAGGGCUUGUCAGGUUAUCAUGUUUUGCUGUCAAAUAUAUAUGCCGAGGAAGGGAACUGGGAGUACGUCAACAGAAUCAGAAAAGGCAUGCGGGAAAAGGGUUUGACAAAGGAUGUUGGCUGCAGUUGGGUUGAUGUGGCUGGUCGUGUUAACUCUUUUGUGUCUAGAGAUCAAAAGCACCCUCGGUGUGAUGAAAUAUAUGAAACAUUAGAACAAUUAGCCUUAAAGAUGAAAGACGCGGGUUAUAGGCCUGGCCUUGGUUCAGAAAUAGGCACGAUACCUGAGUUUGUGGAAUGAAUAACCUUACACUCUAGAUUGAAGGCAUGUACUUUGUAGUAAUCCAAUCCACAAGCCGUGGAAUAGAGCCUUUGCUGAGUAAGUAGUGGCAGAUUUCAUGUGAGGUCUUUUAGGGGACUCCGUUAGGAAGUAGGGAGAAUGGCUUCCCAUGGGAAGGUAUCUGGAAGGUGGGGUCCCGUCACAUGCUGCAUUCUAUUUUUGGACUUCUUAUGGAAGACGAUCUGAUUACAAGAAGGAGGGUUGUCAACUGGUGUUGCAUGUGUCAGGGAGGGAGGGAGGGGCGGGAGGAGAUCAGUCUUGCACUCUGUCGUGCAUUGUGAGUUGUCAAGGGAUCUUUGUUCUGAUUCUUGCUUGUUUUGGGGUGAGUUCGGUGUUACAGGAGAAUAUGGGCAGGUGUUUUAUUUGGAAGAGUAGAUUAGGCUAGAAGAAAGGCUUGGCUCCUCUCACCUCCUCAGUGGAAAGUAACGCGACAGAGGGACUUUUGCAGGGAUAGAAUUGUCGGUGCGCAGAUUGAGAAGUUAUUUUUUUGGUAAUGCUGUAUAGUCUGGCUUCUGUAGAGUAUCCUCGUCCUUCUAUUUUAUUGUUUGUGUAGAGGGCAAGAGGGUAAUUCCUGUUAACCCUCUCAACUAAGCAAUUGUUGAUUAGUGCGAGGCAAGUGAACCCUUUUAACACUCAUUUGUCCGUAAAGUAUCCUCGUCCUUUGGCUUUACCGAUUUUUUUGCUCUGUUGUACUUUUUUGGGAUGUUAUUAGGGUUUAUUGUCCUUUCUCUUGUAUUGUCUAUUGGUCUUCAGAUAUCUUCCGAAGUACUAGUAGUAACAUGAAAAAGGGCUUG